CCACCAAACAACCUUAGUCCUCCCUCGUCCCUCUCUCUCCUCUGAACGAAACCCUUCCCCUUCCCCUCUUACCUUGCCUCUACCUCCAGACCUUCCGCCUCCAACCUGUCCCGCACAUAGCAAGCCGCCAGCCGCCACUCUGCCUCUCACCUGCUCUGGCAAGUCACCUCUCUGCACACAUCUCGCCGGCGACGAAGCACGAGAAAAUUGAAGCAAAUUCUCUCUUCCCCCACGGCUUCCCCUCUACCUCCGACCCAACCACCUCUGACCAGUACACACCCCACCAACGACAAGCUCGGCGAAGUCGACGGCAACACUUCCCCUUUGCUAAGCCACUGCCUCUGCCGGCAACUGAAGCUCAUGCUUUGUUCCAACUUCCAACCUAGCCGACGACGAAGAAGGUUUAAAUCGAAGGCCACACGUUCCCUCUGCCUCGCUCUACUCUGUUCCAGCCUAGCUGACGAGGAAGAAGAUGAAAUCGACAAAGAAGGGGCAGAGGUGAUGGCGGCGGCCGGGAAGGCUGUGGCGGGAAUAAGCAGCGCAGCCGUCGACGAGAGGGGUGGGAAGACACGCCGACGAGAGAGGUAG